AUGGCUACCUCGCACCGCGCCCGUCUCCUACUCUGUCUCGCUCUCAUAGCGAUCGCCGGCGCAGUUCCACAUUUCGAUCUGAACGUUUCGCCCGACGACACCGUCCAUAACACUCGCAAUCAUCUCACGGACCCUUAUUCGGCUCAGCUUCAAGGGUAUGAAGCCAUGGGAGAGGUUCAAGCGGCGGUGGAGUACGCGAUGAGGGCGGGCGAGUCAGAGCUAGAGUCUAAGUAUGCUCCGUAUCGCAAGCAGGGCGAGUCGCUCAUGUAUACCGCCGGCCAUGCGCUCACUGGUCACGAACGUCGGCGCCAUCACGCCCGCAUCGCCGCAAGCAAGCGUCAAGAUGCUCCUCCUCAGGAGCCACAGGCGAUAACCGUAGACAUAUUCCCGUUUGCGACGACCGCCGCAUUCCGCGCAGGCUCCGAGCCAACUGCUUCUCCGAACUCUGAACCGGCCGGUUCGCACGACGAUCAGUCGGAUCUUGCCGAUGGUGGGAUAUUUGGCUCGCUUGACGAGGAGCACCAGGAGGGAGAGAAGAGCCACAAACACAAGAUGAUCGCCGUUGCGCUGACGGUCACCGUCAUUGGCAUCAUCCUUCUCCUGGCGGCAAUCAAGGUCUUCCGAAUCACCCAGCGCAAGAGGCGCGCGAGCAGAGCCGCGGAGCAAUGGCGCGAGUCCUUUGUCAACAGUCUUGUGGAAGAGAAGCAGGCGCAGGCAGCCGAGACGCGCAGCCAAGUCAGCGAAGCCUCCACACGCUCGUUCAAGACAGCCCAGUCGGACAUGCUCACGUCGAUCACUCGCAUCCCAACACCCCCGGAGCAGCAGCCGUUCAUGGACAUGACGAUCCGCACAAACUUCUUACCCAUCACCUUCGCUCGUGCCCUGUCUCCUCCCCGUUCUCGCACACCGCCGGCUGAUCCGCUACCCGAGCCACCAAAGCACAAGGUCCCAGAGCACUACGCCCAGCUUCUCCAACCGCUCCCGAAGUCUAUCCUGAAGUCGAGACCUUCCUCCCCACCGAAGGCAAGCCCGCCAGCGACGCAGCUUGAUUCGCCGCACAAACGCGCCCGUAGCGCUCCCGACUUUCUUAGCCUAGGAGCCGCCGCUGCGGUAGCCGCUACAGUGACUGUGGCUGGGUCGGUAGGAGACGACGGCUACUGGGAGAUGUUGGACAUGAUCGGGCGCCCGGAGAGCGACGGCACGACGAUGCGACUCAGCCGCUCCUCUUCGCAGACAAGCAAGGCGCGCUCGAGUAGGUCGAAGAGCGAGAUCUUCCGCAGGAUCUCGGGUAUGACAUAG